GGCAAAAAGUUUACAAGAAACACCUAGAAAAAAGUUUCUAAAAAUGCCUAGUACUCAACAGAAAAAAAGGGAAAGUAGCCGGAGGUCUAAAUCAGCUAAGGCAGGUCCAAAAUUGGAGAGGAAGUAUGUGGAGAAACAUAGAAGGAUUUAUAUGAAGUAUCUCAUUAACCAGCUAUAUUCCAUGCUCCCUGCUUAGGCCUCCUCGUCUAAGGACACAGUGGCAGUGCCUGAUCAAGUACAUGCAGCAGAGAAGUACAUAGCUAGCUUAGAUAAGAAAUUGGAGAAGAAGAAGAAGCACUUGGAACAAUUGAAAAUGAGCACAAAGAUAACUAAGUCACCCCCUCAGAUCGAAUUCCAUGAAAUGGGCCCAAACAUGGUCGUGGUUCUGAUAACUGGCCUUGAUAGUUUAGCCACUUUUAAUAACAUCAUUCGAUUAUGCCAUAAGGAAGGUGUUGAAGUUGUGUAUUCCAGCUUUCAGCUCAAUGGAAACUCUACACUGCAAAUUUCUCAUGAAACUAAGAUCAACAGAAGUUCAACAAUGGAAUUUAGAGCUACAACUUUGUGUGAUAAGAUGAAGGAAUUGAUUUAUGGACCAUCUUGCAGCAAUGAUAUGGAAUCCCAACUACAUUUAUGGGACUACAUAAUUGAAUCUGGACUGAAAGAAUCUGAUGCACUGAAGUUAUUACCAACAACAAGUCAAAAUCCAAACAUGCAUUCUGGACUGAUAGAUUUUGAUGCACAGGAGUUAUUACCAACAAGAAGUCAAAAUCCAAACAUGCAUGCUGGACUGAUAGAAUUUGAUGCACUGGAGUUAUUACCAACAACGAGUCAAAAUCCAAACAUGCAUGGUUACAUGCAAAAUGUUCAAGAAACCCUUAGCUCUUUGUGGAACUGAAAUAGUUUUUCACUGGGCAUGGAAACAAUUGAGAUGUAAAUUUUCAUCUCCUUGUUUAGUAUCGUGAUUCAUGCAGAUGAGUAUUUGUUGUCAG